AAACCCUUCAAUGCUUCUUUCUUGGCUGAAUCUCACUUCAAGUUCAAAGUCACAUUGCUUCCAUAGCCAUCUCGAUAUGCACUGCCGCGUCUCGCUGUCUUUGUAUAUUUGAUUCUUUAUAUUUUGAACCAGCUUUCUAAAAAUCCUGGGUCCGCAAUUGCUGAUACUGUAGAGGAGAGGAUGGGAGAAGUUAUGCCGCUUAACUUAUACUUGCAAGUUUCUAAUAAAAACGCAUAAAAAAGGUUAAAUACCAGGCACAACGGGAGACAUCAGUAAAUUUUUGCUCGCAUCGUGCACGUUGAGGGAAGGUAAUACCAUCCAAUGUUGGGACGUCGCAUAGGUCAGGCUGGACUAGUUUGAGCUGGACUUGGCUUCGGAUGUGGUUGGACUGCCCAGCCAAAAAUGUAUCAUUAACCUUUCAUCUGUAGCUGCUAUAACCUCAAUGAAGCCUGGUGAUGAACUCAAUCACUUACAAGUACUUGAUUCAGAAGGUGGAAAGUUCAAGUUAGGAUUUUUUUCUAUCCCACAAACAGAUAAAAAUUGUCUUGGAAUAUGGUAUGCAGGUGAUUCACAAGAUAAGAAAUUAUGGAUAGCCAAUCCGAAUACGCCUAUAUUGAACAACUCAGGAUUGAUCACCAUAGAUUCUACAGGAAUAUUGAAAAUCACCAGUGGAGGGAAGGCAGUUGUGAAUAUUGCCCCUCCUGUAUUGACAGGAAGUUUAAUGGCUAGACUUCAAGAUUCUGGAAAUUUUGUGCUUCAGGAUGAAACUCGGAAUAGUACUUUAUGGCAAAUCUUUGAUCAUCCUACCGAUUGUCUUUUGCCUGGUAUGAAGCUUGAUCAUAACCUUACAACAAAGCAGAAUUGGACUUUUACUUAUUGGUUGAGUAGUUAUAUUCCGGUCUCGGGGGUUUUUACUCUAAGUUUGGAGUCAGUUCAAGAUGCAUUUCAGUUGGUUAUACGUCAAAGGGGCGAGGUUUAUUGGACUAGUGGCGCUUGGAGCAAUCAAGGUUUUCCAUUCUUAAGUGCAUUGAAUGAUUCUUCUAACAGAUAUCAGUAUAAUCUCAGCUUGGUGUCUGAAAAAGACAGCGUGUUCUUUCAAUUUGACGCUCCAGAGGGAAGUUUCCCAAGUUUUGAGUUGUCUUUAAAUGUGGCUAUUCAUGGCGGUGGUGAAGACGGUUGUGUGUACACCCUUUAUAAUGAGUUCUGUUAUGGUUAUGAAAGUGAUGGUUGUGUCUCUACUCAGUUGCCUGAGUGCCGAAAGGAUGGGGAUAAAUUGGAGCAAAAGAGUGGAGACUUUAUUGAUACAUCUAAUACUAACGAUUAUGAUAAUGCAAGCAUUAGUAUUGGUGAUUGUAUGCAGAACUGCUGGGAGCACUGCAGUUGUGUUGGCUUCACCACUACCGGCAAUGGAACAGGUUAGAUUUGCGGACACUAUGAGCUACAUAAGUCAACUAUAACAGUUGUGACACUAGGAUAUUUUUAGAAUGAGGCUGUUGAACUAUCAGUUGACAUAAAAAUAACGAGCAGAGAGCCGUGGCUAGUUUCUUGUACAAGAGAGCAACUGACUUUCUAGAGUCAUCAACCAUAAAUUUAGAUUGAUCCAAUAUAAGUAUCUUCAGACCCUACACCAGGAAACUUGACACAGUACUCUCAACUGACAGUUAUUGCGUUCAAGUUGAAGACGGGAAAUAUGCAUUCAAGCAUGAAGAAGAAAACAAAAAUACAAAGAUUAAACAAGUUAUCAAACAGUUAAGUAACAAAUACUCAUCAAAGUAUCUUUAAAAGAUAGCAAUUUGAUCCUUCCUUUAGGCUUGAGGUUGAUAGUGUUGAGAUACACGGUUAAACAUGCGGUUUAGAGAUAGUAUUUUGUUUAAUUCUUUAUGGAACAAUUAUUUAUUUAAUUUAUUCAAUUCAAUAAAGUAUUUUUUAAAAUAGAUUAUUUGUUACAUGUGUGUCCUUUUAGUUAUGUAGUAGACAAUUUAGUGUAUGGGGUCUUAGCUCAUGCACAGAAGAUUAAAUUAUCGGUUCACAUAAUUAAUAAACUAUGUGCACAAUCAAAGAUAUUAUUGGACAAAAUAUCUUGAUGAUUGUAGCACAAGAUUAUAGUAUAAUUUGUCUUGAUUAUGAGAGUGGUUUUACUCCAACUUCUCGUGCUAGUAUACUUAGUGUAUAUUGAACGGACCAAGUAGAGAAAAAAUAUUUUUGUACUGAAUAUAUAUAAAUCAUUUUCUCUAAUUCAU